UGUAGGUGGAGUGAGCUAUCUUGUCAUCACUACAAAAUCUUUACUCAACACGGUGAUUGGUUGUGUCAACAAACCAGACAGGCAGCCGAGUCCGUCGAAGCGUGAAACAGAGACUGAAGAAAGUAAACUGAAUCGACCUAAGCUCAGCUCCGGGAAGGGAAGAGGUACAGGUGAAUGGCUUUGGUGGGUGUCUGGGGGCCAGUUGGUAGAGGUGAAUGGCGAGUGAAGGUGAAUGGAAGAAAGCAAGCAGCUCCUCUGGGACCGGAUAAUUUGAGGCAGUGGUGACUGGUCGUAGUUCCUGAGCAGUGCAGUCAUGGGCAGGCCGGAGGGGUUAGCCAGGCCACCUCUGGUGUCAGCUGUGGCACUCUCCCUCCUGGCUCUCUCUCUCCUCUCCACCGGGGUCUUCAGCCUCCCACAGCCUCUGCCAAGAGUCUUCCUCUCCUUCGAAGACCUGCAGGCCUCCCAGUCCUUUGAACACUACAGUAUAUCAGACAAGGCCAUGGACUACAGGAUCCUGCAGAUGGAUGAGGACCAGGACAGGAUGUAUGUGGGUUGUAAGGACCAUGUCCUCUCCAUGGACAUCAACAACAUCACCCAUGGCACACUUAAGGUGUUUUGGCCUGCAUCUACCAGCAAGAUAGAGGAAUGCCAAAUGGCCGGUAAAGAUCCUACGCACGGCUGUGGGAACUUCAUCCGGGUGGUUCAACCUUACAACAGAACUCAUUUGUUCAUGUGCGGCAGCGGAGCAUACAGUCCCGUCUGCGUUUACAUCAACAGGGGCCGAAGACCAGAGGAACAAGUAUUUCACAUUGACUCCAAGACUGAAUCUGGAAAAGGGAGGUGCUCCUUCAAUCCUCAAGUGAAUACAGUCUCCGUCAUGCUCAACCAGGAGCUGUUCUCAGGCAUGUACAUCGACUUCAUGGGGACGGAUGCUGCCAUCUUCAGGAGCCUGACCAAGCGAAAUGCAGUGCGGACAGACCAGCACAAUUCUAAAUGGCUCAGUGAGCCAAUCUUCAUUGACGCCCACCUGAUACCAGAUGGAAUGGACCCCAAUGACGCCAAAUUGUAUUUUUUCUUCCGUGAGAGGCUAACAGAUAAUAACGGAAACACUAAAAAUAUCCACACUAUGGUGGCCAGAGUGUGUCCAAAUGACAUCGGAGGACAGCGGAGUCUGGUGAACAAAUGGACCACCUUCCUUAAAGCCAGGAUGGUGUGUUCAGUCCUGGAGGAGGACGGCACUGAAACGCACUUCGAUGAACUCGAAAACGUGUUUUUGCUGGAAACUGACCAGCCCAAGAGUCUGUUGGUGUUUGGAGUCUUCACAUCCACGAGCUCCGUGUUUAAAGGCUCAGCAGUGUGUGUUUACAACAUGGCAGACAUCCUCACCGUCUUCAACGGGCCCUUCGCACAUAGAGAGGGACCCAAUUUUCAGUGGGUGGCAUUCCAGGGACGAAUCCCUUACCCAAGACCUGGAACUUGCCCCGGUGGAGCCUUCACGCCUGACAUUCAGACAACAAAGGAGUUCCCCGACGACGUGGUGACCUUUGUGCGAAACCAUCCGGUCAUGUUCAAUCCCAUCUACCCUGUGGGGAGGCGACCCCUGGUGGUUCGUACCAACGCUGACUACAAAUACACAUCUGUGGCCGUGGACCAGGUUAUGGCUGCCGACGGCAUUUACCAAGUGCUCUUCCUUGGCACAGACAAAGGUACAGUACAGAAGGUGAUUGUCCUGCCGAGCAAUCACUCCCUGCAUGAAGAUCUGAUCCUGGAGGAGCUGGAAGUGUUUAAGAACCAAGCUCCAGUUACAAACUUGAGAAUAUCCCCCAAAAAACAACAGCUGUACGUCAGCUCGGAGUACGGGGUCUCACAGGUCUCCCUGCACCGUUGUCACGCUUACGGCUCGGCUUGCGCUGACUGCUGCCUCGCCAGAGAUCCCUACUGCGCCUGGGAUGGACUCAGCUGCUCCCGCUUCUAUCCCACUGGCAAAAGGAGAAGCAGAAGGCAGGACAUUAUGCAUGGAAAUCCACUCACUCAAUGCAGAGGAUUCAAUCUAAAAGCUUACAGAAACGCAGUGGAGAUGACGCAGUACGGCGUGAAAAACAACACCACCUUCCUGGAGUGUCUUCCCAAGUCUCCCCAGGCCUCUAUUCGUUGGCUUAUUCAGAGGGACAAUGACAGGAGAAAAGAGGUGAAGCUGAGUGACCGCGUCGUCUCCACGGAGCACGGCCUCCUGAUCCGCUCCGUCCAGCUCUCCGACCAGGGUCUGUACUACUGCCUGACCACCGAAAACGGCUUCAAACGCACCGUCGCCAAGAUCCGCCUGCGCGUGCUGAGCGAGGCCAUGGUGAGCAUGCUGACAGACAAACAGCAGUCGCCGUGGGCUUGGGCCAGCUCGUUGCACCCUAAGGUCCUAUUGGCAGCCUUCAGCCCCGCAGAGAGCCUGGCUGUACAACAAUACUGCAAAGAGAGGAAGGAGCUCCAGAACCUCCAGCAGAGGCAGCAGCAGCAUCAGCCUCAGCCACCUGGACCUCUCAGAGGGGACCUGGCCAAACUGAAGCCCCUGCUGGACCGGAGGAAGAGCCGCAACCGGCGCAAUCACCUGCCCGAGGUCUGACACAGGGAACUGGCAGCUACAGAAAACUGACAUGCACACCUUCGUCUAAUCCUGUAUCCUACCAGGCAGUUACAAAUCCUCAUUUUCCAACUUUUCAUCUCAAGCUGCAGAGCUGCACUGUGGAUGUACAGUAAGACGAGGAGGUGGGUGUGGGGAGUUCUUGUUUGGCAAUCUCUCUUUUUUUUUUUGCAUGAGGUACUGUGACCAGGUGGCUGUGACAUACACUAAUACACACGCACAGGCACACACAAGUCAUUCAUUUGUUGUCGCAGUCGCAAAACAAACUCAAGUGGCCCUGUUAUGAGUGCCACUAAUAAACUGUAUUCUGACAGGCUGAUAUUGCUCAUGAUAAUACACCUUGAGACACAACUAUGGUCAACAAUCUUAUCAUAUUGUAAAUAUCAGAGGGGGAAUUGGACCGGAUAUUAGCUCACAGUAGAUUUGUUCUUUGUUGAAAUGUGGCAUCAUGAUAUUAAAUAGAGGAGAUUGAAAAGGGACAAAAGGGAGCAUGUUUAACAGUGCCCUCUCCCUUUAUGAUAAGUGUUACAGUAGUAUUUUACUAGAUUCUACUCACAUUUGAACUUUUACUUUAUAAAUAACAAAAUUCUUUCUAUUCAGCGAAACCUGCAGGGCUCUGUGGGCACAUGUAGGGUAAUAAAAAGCCAGUUUUAGUGAGGAUUUUUUUUCCCCCUACAGAUUGCAUACUGUCUACAAUAGCACUGUUCAUAUAAGUGUGUCACAUUACAGUGCUGUAAGUUAAAAAUUCAUUAGUUCAAAGACCAAAUUUUACAUCCAAUGCUGAUCCAAACAGAAAAAGUAGGAAGAUACUACAUAGAGUGUGAAAUACAGAGUGAGUGGCCGCUUACACCUUUCAUGAUCUGUCCUGUAUUUAUUCCCAUUACUCAGGCGUACAUACGAGAAUGUGCCUCACUGUAAUUCAGUUGCACAUUGUAUCCGUAUCAUACUUCUCUUUUUCCAGCACAGAAGCAUGUUUAUAGAAAUUCAUCCAUAUUGUAGAGGACAGUUCGACAUUUUGGGAAUUAAGCUUAUUUUCUUGUAGAGAGUUAGAUGAGAAAAUUGAUACCUCUAAGCUGGAUUUAGCAGCCAAUUAUAUUAGCUUAGCAUAAAGCCUGUAAUACAGGUAAACAGCUAGUGCAGUGCCCCAUGUUACACAUUACUAUCAAUGCUGAAAGCCCUCUGGCCAAGGAAAAGCCUGACACAAAACCUCCAUAAAACUACAGCAUAUUGUUUUUUGUGCCAGAUUUUGUUACCUUUGGAAAGAGCCAGGCUAGCUGUAUUCCCCCAUUUUCAGUCUUUAUGCUAAGCUAAGCUAACUAGCUGCUGGCUGUUUACUGUACAGACAUGAGAGUGGUAUUGAUCUUUUCAUCUAACUUGCGACGAGAAAGCAAAUAAGCAUAUUUCACACUGUCAAAUUAUUCCCUUAAUCCUUGCCUGGAUUAGAUUCAAGCAACCAAACUAUUGCAGAUAUGCACAUUGCAGUUUUUGCCUUCAGGUAAAUAAUGUAUGUCAGUGUAAUACCUGGAAAUAUAGUCUACAAUGACAGUUUCCUUCUUUGGAUCAACAUUUCUACAGUCUGCACAUCAAAGUGGACAUACUCUUAAUUCAGUAGUAAUUGUCAGUGAUAGUCUGUGAGAUAGACCAUUUGACAUAUGUGAAUAGACAUUGUUUUUCAGAAGCGUAGUUAAUGUAGAUACAGAUUAUUUGUUGCUUGUGUACAGAGUAUUUUUUCGUUUGUUUCAUCUUCUUAAUUUAAUGUUGUUGCGGGUUUUGUGAAAACAUGUUUUCAUUGUGUAUAUAAAUUCUACAUAUUUCACCAACUAACUAUGACCGUAUCUGCAAAUUGCAGAGAUAUACCGUACAGUAUUAUUUUCAUUUUGAGAAAAGACCUUCCAGUUGCUUUUGCCCUCAUGCGGAUCUCUGCUCCACGUUUAAUAAAACUGUGUGCCCAGCAUCAUGUCAACUCUGUGUAACUUCAGUGUUAUGAAACAUAUGUAUUUCUAUUUAUUAAUGUCAUGAUAGCCUGAAUAAAUCUGUUCAGAUGAAUCUCAA